GCACAUUGUGUGUAUUUUCCCUGGAGCAAACAGCUGUGUGUGAGAGAGAGUGUGUGUGUGGACUAAGCAUUAUUCAUCAGGGGGUUCGCAUCUCUGCGAGUGAGUUGUUUAGCUCGGCCAUCUGAAGGGCUGGUACAAAGAAUAUUCCUCCUGCUUACUUCAUCUCUCUCUCUCUCCUCUAUCUUCGGAAGAGGACUGCAUCUAAAGCUGAUACUACCGGGGUGAAGUCUGUGGGUAGAAAACGGUCUGACACGGGGGAUACUCUAAGCGAUACGUCUGGUGACAUCACAGACAUGGAUGCAGAACCAGACAGUGAUGUUGAGCAGGACUUGGACCAGAUGCUGGGAACAUGGCUCGGGGAACUGGAAACUAUAACACAGUCAAUUGAUGCAGACAUACAUGUAGGUCAGCAGAGCCAACCAGCCCCUCUGCCUCCACAUCAGUCAACCCUCGGCUCAUUAGACAACUUCAGCUUCUCUGCUUUCCAGCUAGCUCCGUAUGGCAUUGGUACUUCUACAGCAGACAGUAACACAUUAGAAGAAGACCAAGAUGUCGAUCUUGAUGCCCUACUCGGCGACCUCUGCCAAAUGGAGAUUGACCUCCAGCAAAAGAUUGAUGAGUCCAGCGCAAACUCGGCCUCCAAGACUUUAUCAGCGCCCCCUCCCACAUUCAAACCGACACCACCACCCGAUACGGACACCGGCCGUCUGCCCCCGCCACCGCCCAUGCCAGAUAUUAGUGAACAGGACGGUAUGGAGGAUGAUCUUCCACCCCCGCCACCGAUGAAUGGUGAGGCCAGGAUGCCCCCACCGCCAGAAGACUUCCCUGCACCUCCAGAGGAAGGUGCAACCACUCCGGUGUCACCCACACCGACGCUUACACCAACACCCGGCGCCCUAGAUUCGCCCAUGACACCGACGACGCCAACACCAAGGCACACGGCACCGGUGCCUGCUCCAUCGGCACCGGCACAGAGGUCGGUGCACCACACCCAACCAACGACACACUUAGACUUCAGCGCCGCCAAUGGUAGUGUCAGAGCACCUGAUGUUAGUGUGACCUCACCUACGUCACCAAGCCCUACGGCUAGCUAUGCAGCGUUUGGAUUACCACCAGAUCAGUUAACACAGAGCGUGAGGGUGAAACUCAAGGACCUGGAGUCGCAGUUAGAGCUGGAUCCCAGUCUCUCGGAGGAGGAGAAAGCCGCCAAGCUGAAGUCGGAGAAGAUCAAAAUAGCCCUGGAGAAACUCAAGAAAGCUAGGGUGCAGAAGCUGAUCGUGCGAGUAUACAUGGAGGAUGGAAGUUCCAAGACGAUGUUUGUUGACGAGACGAUGAGAGUUAGGCAAGUCAGUCACAUGCUGGUAGAGAAGAACCAUUUGGAUGAGAGACCAGAUUGGACUAUCAUUGAACAGAUUCCAGAUCUCUUAAUGGAGAGAGCGUUGGAAGACCACGAGCAUCUGGUGACAGACGUGAUGCUGAACUGGAAGAGAGAAACAACCAACAGAAUCCUCUUCCAGGAAAGGAGAGACAAAUAUGCAAUCUUCAAGAACCCACAGAACUUCCUUCUCUCCCAGCAUGCAUCAGAGGUGGCGACGCAGUUCGCCGAGAAGUCGAAGCAGUCUCUGAUCGAGGAGUUCUUCAACGCCGGGAACCGAAUCCCCGAGAUUGAGGGCCCCCUCUGGCUGAAGCAGGAAGGCAAGAAGUCGUGGAAGAAACACUAUUUCGUCCUCCGAGGAUCCGGUCUCUAUUACUCACCCAAGGGAAAAUCCAAGUCCACCAAAGACAUUGUUUGUCUUGUGCAAUUUGAACACACCAAUGUCUACAGCGGCAUGGGUUGGAAGAAGAAGCACAAGGCACCGUCAGAUCAUUGCUUUGCUCUCAAGCAUCCUCAAAUCCAGCAGAAAUCCAAAUACAUCAAGUACCUGUGUGCUGAAGACUAUAGGACAUGUCAGAGAUGGAUAGCUGGAUUAAGAUUAGCCAAGUACAAUAAGAUCCUACUCGAAAAUUUCAGCGACACGCAGCGUGAGAUGACGGAGUAUGCUUCCAGCGCUGAAAGUAUGUCACAAUCUAGCAGUCUGACUGAUACUGCUUCCCUCUCAAGUAUGCAGUCUAGCUCUAGCUCACAGAGCUCAGGCAGUCUCCCCGCAACUCAUGGGUCCAGCCCCAGCAAUAGCAUCACAGCCAACCUCAACGCGCCCCUGGUCCUGCCUCCAAUGACCGCCCAGUAUCGCAAGAGCAGUAUGGGUAAUAUGUUUUCCAACGCCUGGAAAAAAGGGCAGGAGGCCGAGACGCAUCACCAACUGUCUAUGCAUAGGGAGCGCUACAGCACCCGUUCCUCCUCUCUACCAUCAGGCAGGAUUUUAGACGAGGAGCCACCUCUUGAUAAUCGGCCGCAACUCAACAACCAAACGAAAGCCAAUUCUGGCAACACGUUUGACGACCUAGACGUGCAGAAGGCGUUGUACGACCUGGAGAGCGAGAUCUGUGCUAGUCAUCCACCUAACAAUCCCACCCCACAACCUCCUCCUCCUACAACACAGCAGCAGGCAAGUAGUUAUAGGUCACCUGCAUCCCAAACUAUCACUGACAAUAGAAAUAACAGUAACGCCCUAACCCGGGUACAGGUAGUCGCUUUGCAUAACGAUGCCAUCUCGGUGACGGUGGCCGAUUCGGCGGGCGCACGCGGCUCCACGGUGUCAGAUGAGCCGAUCUGGCAGUGCCAGGCCCCCACGCGGUCCAGCUUGCGGAGGAGCUCGGACACGCAGAUAGGUUGCAGGGGAACCCAGGGGAUCAUCGUCUCUGGGAGACAACGGGGCGGAAGCUUGGCGAGUGCAUGCGUCAAGAGGGUCAAGUUUAAAGAAGAGAUAGAGGAGAAGAUACCGGACAAUAGUCCGGGCUUCGAACCCGAGCAUGAGUACAGUUCCUCGCCACCAACCCCUCCUUUGCAUUCCCCUCCUCCGCUUACUAACCCAUCCUCAGCUAAACCCAUCCCUAACCAUUUUGCUUGUACACCAUCUCAUCUGGAUUGCUUGUCACCUCAGCAGAAUGCUACUGCACGAUCCCCUAGUCCUCCCCCACCUUCUUUCUUUACCCAAUGCAUGGCACAAACACCCUCAACCAGUGACUCCCAUCCCUCCUAUUCACAGCAGCUAGGACCUCAAACUCAGGCCAGUGAAUACCACCACCCUUACACCCACACCGCAACUGCUACCAGGGCCCAGCAGGAUGAUAUCGUCUACGGCCAACCCAUGACCUAUGCCGGAGGGCCGGAAAACUACCCCCAGCCCACGCAGGGUAGCCAGGAAAUCGUCGCCAAACAGCAUAAGCUUAUGGAGCUUGAGCAGCAGCAGCAUCAGCUGCAGCAGGAGUUGCAGCAUCAGAAACUGCAACUGGAAAAGCAGAUUCAGCAGCAGCAGCAAGACCAACUCAAGCAGCAGCUGCAACACCAGCAGCAGUUGCAGCAACAGCGGCAGGAGCAGGAGAGGAGACAGCAAGAUUUGCAGAGGCAGGCUUCUGAAAGAGCUUAUCAGCAGCAACAGCAACAACUUCAGAGACAUUUAUCAAUGGAGAGGUCGCAGCCACAGCAACCACAAUCAAUGCAGAGGCAUGUGUCAUUUGAUGCAGUUAGAUCUCCACCAUCACCGCAACCACAAAUUCAGAGGCAUGUUUCUUUUGAAAGGCCUCCGUCGCAGCAGCAACAGCAGCAGCAAUUGCAGCCACAGAUUCAGAGACAGACAUCAGUUGAUCGGGCACAACAGGGACAGAAUCUGAGGCAAGCCAAUCCUGUCUUUCUAAAUGAACUCAGUAAUGCGCUUAAACCCAGACAGCCCGUUCCAUUGCCUGGCAACAGACAAACUGUGGCUACCACCCAACCUUCACAACAACCCCCAAAAUCUCAGUCUCCACCCCGCUCUCCAGCCCACCACAACAACCAACACUAUCAACCCCAACCCAACUCUUCUCCUUCUCCUUCUUCUUCUCCGUCCCCUCGUCAUCAUUACCAGACCCAACAAUCACACCCUCCUACAAACCACCAACCUGUCAGUCAGAGUUACUCCCAACCCUCGCCCCAACCACACCCACAACUUCAGCAGUCUUUCUCUCAACCACGCUCUCCCCAGCCACACUCUCCGCAACACCAGUCUUACCACCAGCAGUCCCCGUCCCACGCCCACGUCAAUGUACGAGACAAGCCCCCACCAUCGCCCAAACCCAUCUUGGCAAACAAAGUGCCCCCUCCCAUGUCCCCCAAACCCAUGUCUCCAAGACCGAUGGUCAACCAGAAGCCAAGCGUCCCACGUCCUGUGGUCUCUCCAAAACCCAGUGUCCAUGGGGACAGGCCACUCCCCAUGUCGCCCAAGCCCUCACCCAAGCCCUCUCCCAAGCCCUCCCCUAAACCUAUGGCCAAACCGGUGCACGUAAACAACAUGCUCCCUCAAGGUAACGCCUAUCCUCCAAACUCAUAUGGUGUGCCAAUGAGCCCUAGCAACUCGUCUGUGAGCUCCACUUCCACGCCCUCCCCAUCCCCCUCUUCCAGUUACAGAUCACCCCCUUUCCCUAGCAACAACAAUGCCCCGCCCCAGAAGGCCUCUAGGCCGCCUCCCCCACCAAAGAGAAGCGACACGACAAGGCUGAGCACUAUUGGUUCACCGACGAAAACAAAGAAGAUACCCCCUACCCCACCCACAAGGAUUACUUGAUAGUUUCAUCCCCCCCCCCCUCCCUCCGGCCGAUUACCCCUAUGUGUACACGGCAUGUUUCCCUUAUCCUAAACCUCGUUUGAUGUUUUCAUACUCUUACCAUGUAAUGCUAUGCUGUGAUUUGAUGUAAUUUCAACUUCUUACCCUUCCCCCAACCUGAAACCUAGUCAACCCCCUACCCCACCACCUUCCAGUAAAACCCUUAAGCUUUCAUGAUCAUAUACCUCAAGAUUCCACAAAACCCCAGUGUUUGACGUGUUCCCGCGUGUGUUUUGUGCUUCUAUAACCUUCACAAAAAGAUGUGUUUCCACUCGAAAGAAAGCAAUGAUCUUAUUUGUGUAAGUGUGAUGUAUAUAUUGCAGCACUCAUAAGAAUUCAUGCCAUGCAAAAUAAAAAUCGGACUUUGGAAAGAAGUUGUAAAGCUUACACACGCAGCAAUUUUAUUCUGUCAUUUUGCACAGCUAAUGACAAGUGUACAUAGGAAAUAAAAGUAAUAUAACAUAACACAAUUCUAGCAUUUUUGUAUACAUGUAGAUUGUUUGUACACACGAACCAGAUAAACUACUAAUGUUUUUUAUUUGAGAGAGAGAUUAUUAAUAUAUAAUGAUGCACCCAUUGCAAUGUGUAGAAUUUUAUUUAUACUUAAUUCGUUACUUGCCAUUUUUGCUCACAAAUGUGCAAUUUUUACCAAGGUACACAGGUUUAGUAGAUGUAGAUUCAGAAUUUAGUUGAAAUGGUAGAAAUUUUGUUGAAAAUGAAGCUUUAUCAUCAAAUGUAAAGAGAAUAUUUUAGCAGCUGGGCUGAUAGUUCCCUGACCUUUCAGUAGCAGAAGAGUGGCCAACUUAUGUUUAUAGAUUAUUUUUUAUGUUAUGAAGAGAAUUUCAUAUUUACAUGUUUUUAUUUUGUAGUAACUUAGAAAGUAUAGCAAAAUUGUAUUUGGUUCUAUUUUGAUAGAAAAAUAUUUAGUUUCUGUUUUCUGAUGUUUCAAAUGUGGACAAAAAAUAUAAUUAAAGAGGAAUUCAAUUCUUUAGAAAUGCACAUUAAUAUGGGCUCUGCUUUUUUCUUUUUCUUUAUUUGAAUUGUUAAUCUGAAAUAUAGGAAUUGCUUUUUUUAUUUAUUUUUUAUAGCAAAUUGCUUUUUCCAACCUUUUACCUGUAAAAUUGCAUGACAAAUGUGUAUUCUAUGAAGAAAAGAAAGAACUUUGCAAUGUGUCCAAUUCGUUCAGAAAGAAUUCUACAAAUGUAUUACAACUACAACCAGAAGCUGUCAGCUCAAACUUUUAGCUGAAUACAAUUGAGUUUUAAUUCCCCUUUAGUCAUUAUGAUGGCAAUAAUUUCCUCAGUUGUGUCAGAUCUGUUGUUAUUUACCAAUGUUAUGAUCAUCGAUUGAUGCAGAGCAAGAUUCUUUCUGAAAUAUUGUAUAUGCUCAAGAAAUGAGCGCCUAAACCAUUUAGAAAACAUUUAAUUUACAAAGUUCAAUGCUGCACUUCAUGUACUUAAUGUGAGACAUUACCAAAAAUAGAAAUUUGUAGAAGGAUGAUUGAAAAAUAACCCUUCAAACUAGGGAUUGUUUACUCUUUAUUAAUUUCCUUUAAAACAGUUUAGCUUUUUCUGUUAAUUUCACAACUUUAUGCUCUGAUGCUGUACACUAAAGUAGUAUCGGUAGUUGAUAAAUGGAGGGAUUUCAUGAAAAUAUGCAAUUGGUGCUGUCAUAAAUGUACAAUGAUACAUAUUAAUAUCAUGAGUGAUAAUCUGAAAGAAAGUGAGGAAAGAAAAUGCAUUUUGUCAACUUUCUUGAAUCCAUGAGUCUGACUUCUUGGGCAUCCCAGAGAAUCUUGUGAUGUAUCCUCUAUUUAGAAUAAACACAUGUUUCUAUGGGAUGUUUGUGAACUUAGACCUGUGACUGUUUCAAGAAACUGGCCCCAGAUACUUAUAUGAGUUAAUAUAUUCACAUUAUCUUCUUCAUGUACAUCCACUUACACCAUCACCCUCAAAAUCAUCAUCAUGAUUCUUAUUUUCUCAAUUCUAUUUCUUCUGAAAUUCUUCUCUUUCUUUCAUUGGGUAUCAUUACCUGAUAAUACACUGCUAUCACACUUUCUGUUGAAUUUUAUCUUUAUCAUCAUCAUCAUCAUCAUCAUCCUUAUCAACAUCAUCAUCAUUAUCAUUAUCAUCACCAUCAUCCUCAUCAUCAUUGUCUUCUAUUAUCAACACCAUUGAAUAUUCUCUGUAUUUUUUCUCAAGUGUAGUUGUAAACAACAUACACUAUACUGCUUCUAAUAGGUGCUAUAUUGAUGUAGUCUGUAAUUAUAGUAGAAUUGAAACCACUGUGGUCCAAAUUCCAACUUUGACUGGUAUUGGAAUGCUUUGAUAUGUUCAUUACAAAUUGAGAAACCGAAAACAGAUCACAAUUCCUUCCAUCGCAUAGUUCUCAGUGAAUUUUUAUCUGAAAAAGGGAAAGGAAUACAUUACCAUUCUAUUAUUUUACUUCUUAUUCUAAGAUUUUUUUUUUAAAGAAAGGUUUUUAGGAACAGAGAGAUCAUUCCUUUACUAUGAAUAACAGUUUUAUUUUAAACUAGAGCUAUAUACCACAUGUUCAUUAAAACAUCAAUUACAUGUUACUGAUAUGUGUGACAGCUUGGUGUGACAUAUUUUUGCACAUUUGUUUCAAUGAGUGUUCAGUGAACCAACAUUGAAGAAAAAAAGUAGAAAAGGGCAGCUAUCUUGAUCUCAUAUACACCUCCCCCCCCCCCCCAUCCCAAAGCUUAAAUGCAAUGUUCUUCAUCGAUAUAUACAAAUAUUUAUUCCCUUUGUUAAGUCCGACAUAUACAUUUAAAGUAAUCAUAUGUGAUCUGUUUCUCCCCAGUCCCAUGCAUGUCAUUGCAUGUCUGUUUUGCCAAGAGACAGUUUAUCAAUAUUAAUGGUCUGUAUGUGAUGAAUGUAUUCUCUCAAUCCAAUACCAACCAAAGUUCGAAUUGGUCCACCAGUGUCGGUUUCUUAUUAUGAUAUUUUCUAUAUGUGUACAUACAGUACAGCUUGUACAUACUGUGUAUUUUCUAUAUGAACAUAUCCCUAUUUUAGACGGAUAAUGUGUACAAUGUAAAUUGAAUGUUUUGUGUAUAACCUAAAAUUGGCUCCUUGUUGAUUUCCAUUUUUAUGUCUAAACUAUUCAGAAAAUUGUAAUCGAUGCUCUAGAUUUUUUAGAUUGACAAGAUUAAUUUAGGGAUCAGUAUAUCCCUCCAAAAUGGUAAAAGUUGCUUGUAAAUAUGAGCAGUUGGGUAGCACCACGUCUUUGAUAUGAUAGACUGAUGAAGCUGAAAGAUGGAAGGAAAACAAGAAAACUAGAUUAAUAUAUUUUUGUCUUUGAAAAUAGAAUAUUUUUUCUUUCAUCAGUGAGCGUGAUGAACAGUUUUAUUCAUUGCUGAAAACUUAUCAUUGGAAAUGAUACUUCUAGGCUUUCUUUGUUUUGACAUUUUAACAUUUGAAAUAUUUAAAAAGAUUAUGUUUUAUGAACCUUAAUGAUAUUAUAAUGACAUCUCACCUUGUACAAAUUCACAUCAUGUUUUCAUUUUGUUAGUAAACCAUACAGUAGUUUUAUUGAUGGAAUGGCACGUACCCCUAACAGGAGAAAGGGUUUGUGGGACUGUAGUGUAAUGUUUUUAUGGAUCUGAUUGAUUUUAUGCAAGAGUUAUUUUGGUAUAUUAAUAUAUAUUACUUUGAGUUUUAACAACUUUUAUAUUAACUAUAGUCUGUAAGAUAAUGUAUAUACUCAUUGAUAAGAUAUAUCCAUAAUUAUAUAGUAAGUAUGAAUUUGCGAUAUCUCAACAUUACAAGAAAACGUACGGUUAGUCAGAAAUGACACUGCAAUAUAACAUUCUUGAUGUCAGAGGCGAUGACUAUGUUAAUCAUGAUUAUAAUUGAUAUUCCAAUAACCAUGGAUUAUGCUAACUGUACACAAACUGCACAUAGAGGGCGUGCUUCCUUGAUUGGAAGUGAUACGACCUUUGACAUUUUUAUCUGCUCUUUUGUCUUGCAAGUUCAAAUAGAAAUAUGUAUCUCAUCAUUGGCAACUAUAACUUUUUUAUCUUUAAACCAUCACUCUUCAAAGAAAUUAAUUUACACAGGAAGGAAGAAAUAGAGGAAUUGCAAAGUAAAUGUUGUGAUGAUAUUAAAGUCUUUUGACAUCUUAUCAGAAGAAAGAAGUUGAUACAAAGCAUUUGAUAUUAAGAUGAAAGUGUAUAUGAAGAGAAAAAUAUGAAGGUUUUUGCAUCAUGAGGCAGUUGUAGCCAUAAAUCUGCUGUUUUCUUCUAUAAUUUGUUAUCACUAAAAUGAGACCACCUGGGACCUUUUUCACAAAGCUUUUUUUCAAUGGCAAAUGACAUAAAUCAGUGACAAAUCUGCUGAUAACCAAUCAGAAGCAAGGAUUUCAGUAGCUUAUAACAAAAACUGUCAUUUGUCACUGAUGACAAGUUUUGUGAAAUGGGGCCAGGAUUGCUAUGCUAUUCUUGUAUGAUACAAUGAAAAUAUAUGCCACAAGCCAUGAUAAGAUGAAAACCA